AUCUAAAGGGUACUUGGGAGGAAGAUGCAGAAGCUGAGGCUACGUUGGCGCAAAAAACAACGGAUUUGUCCAUAAAGGAAUUCAAGCUGAAUACUUCCGCAAAGGAGUUCGUUCCAACUACGACUCCAACAAACACUAUUCCAGCAAAUACUACUCCAACAGACACAGCAACAGAUAUUACUCCAGCAAACACUACUCCGGCAAACACUACCCCUGCAAACACCACUCCGGCGAAAACUACUCCAGCAAAAAAUGCAGAUAAAAAGCCCAACGUUACGGAUCAGGGUGAAGAUGGUAUAGGCGAUGAAGUAGUCGACAACCAAAUUAUUCAAGACUUAUACGGAAAGGAACAUAUUAACCUUGUAUUCAUUGGUCAUGUAG